AUGCUGGACAAGGUCUCCUCGUUGCUUUUGAUCAAGUUGCAAAGACGAGCCCGACACUCGAAUCCCGCCAUUCGUGACACCGGCCUCGGAGACAGUUUGGGGGCGAGCGGGCCGGUAUACACGAGCUCGAAUUCAGGCCGAAUCCCCGUCUCCCGCAACUCGGACCGACCCGGACGUACAAAAGCCGUUGUUGUCAGCCUUUCGCUCAUCGCUUGUCUGGCCCUGUUGUUGGUGAUUGGCAUCUCUUUCUGUCUGGUCUAUCGACGCCUGCAGCGGCAUUCUCGUGGAGCCUUCAGGGGCGUCGAGAAGCCUCUGUGCACCAGCGCCAUGCUCGCCAAUCCGCAUCCCUCCGUCUCCACAGACGCCGUCUCGGCUUCGGCUGGCCAGACUGCGGCCGGCUUUUCCGGUUGCCCGAAGCAGUCGGUUGGCCUU